AACUACUGAAGAUUUUUCACAAAACCCCCCACUCUAAAAUAUAAGCCACUCUAAAAUAUAAGCCCCCUCCAUCAGACCUCAACCCUCCAUCAGACCUCAACCUUUGUAGCCGCAAUCCAUUAGAUCACUGGUUAGACGAAACACAAUCCAUUAAAUCACUGGUUAUACAAAACACAAAAAUUAACAGACUAGAACUUAAUUACAAGCUUUGAUCGAGAAAUUCAGGUACACAUUCAAAGGAAAAGAAUUGUGUAGGUUUUGAGUGAUUGCAGUCAUGGAAAUCAGGGGGCCACUGAUGCGGGUAUUCAGUGUCAUGAGAAGGAGUUUAUGCUCCGCCGCUGCUGACGCAAGUGAAGUGGCCAAGGUUAAAACGAAGAGGAAGAAGAAGACAUUGUUUGAAGUUACCAAGUUUCUGCCCGAUUGGGGAAUUGGCUAUAAAUUCUUUAAAACCCACUGGGACCCCAAUGUUUACUACGAGCUCACUCGCAUCAACCUCUAUAAGGACGGCAUUCAUGGUAAGGCGUGGGGGAUUUUUCACAAGAAUGGUAUGCCAAAGCCAAAAGCCCCCCAGAAGAUUAGUGGUGUAAACAAACGUGUGUGGAGAUAUAUUAAUGAUAUGCGCAACAAAACUGCUGAGACCAAACAGAAGAAUGCAAUUGAGGCCUGAAUUCGUGUGAAAAAGAUUUUUACAUAUAGUUUUGAAGUCAAAAGGUGUUCCAUCUUGAGAUGAUCUAAAGAACUCAAUCUUUGCCAUUAUAGAGUUCAAGUCCUUGUUUCUAGUCAUGACAAAAUUUUGAGCAAAGAAGUAGAUUGAAGCAUAGAAGCUAAAUAUUGUACCAUUAUACAUGUACGAGAGUGGUGCUAAAUUGGCCCUUUUUCAUCUUUUUCCUUGCAAUUUUAUGUUGUAGAACUGUCAGGAUCUAGAUCUUUUAUAAACUUUUUGAAAUGUGAGAUCUGAGUAUAUCAUUAUGACUACGGUUAGUGAAAAUUUAUGCGAAUCUUUUAACUACAAACUGAAUGAUGGCAUAUCUCACGUCAUUCAAUAUUUUCUUUAUGCUUGAAUGGCAUAGAGAAGGAUGGUCAGCUCUCCUCAAUUUAACUGAAAUUUAUACUUUUUCUCAAGUCAAUCUUAUUAUUCGCUGUUUAAUUUA